UUAUUAAUUUUUGAGGUUAUAAUGUGCUUUUUAGUUUGUUCAGAAUUCAGAUCGAUUUCAGCAAAAUCAAAGUAAAGCAAAUUUUAGUAAAUAACUAUUGAUCUGAAAGAAAUAAAUAAUACCUAGUUGUGCUGUGCAUGUAAUCGACUAUAGAACAAUAUCACAAUCAAAGAAUAUACUACUCUCUAACCACAAUUAUGCCAAUACCAUGUACAACUGGAUGUGGCAAAAAUGCAUCCCUGAAGCGUCCAAAAACUGGUGAUGCACUUUGCAAGGAAUGUUUCUUCUGGGCAUUUGAAACAGAGAUACACUUUACCAUCACUAGAGGUGGAUUAUUCAACAGAGGUGACUAUGUAGCUGUUGCCGCGUCUGGCGGGAAGGACUCCACUGUGCUGGCACAUAUUCUCAAACUAUUGAACGAGAGAUAUGACUAUGGAUUAAAUCUUACGCUUUUGUCAAUUGAUGAAGGAAUUACAGGUUACAGAGAUGACAGUCUUGAAACAGUAAUGCAAAACAGUGUAGACUAUGUGAUGCCACUCAAGAUUUUAUCAUACAAAGACUUAUAUGGCUGGACUAUGGAUGAAAUUGUCGCUCAAAUAGGAAGGAAGAAUAACUGUACAUUCUGUGGGGUAUUCAGGCGGCAGGCGUUGGACAGAGGGGCUGCCUUGCUCAACGUGAAGUGUAUAGCAACUGGCCAUAAUGCUGAUGAUAUUGCGGAGACUGUGCUGAUGAAUGUACUUAGAGGAGACAUUGCUAGGUUGAAUAGGUGUACUGCUAUAUCUACUGGUAGUGAAGGGACAAUCCCUCGAGUAAAACCACUGAAAUAUACCUACGAAAAAGAAAUAGUAAUGUAUGCGCACUACAAGAAACUUGUCUACUUUUCAACGGAGUGUGUGUUUGCUCCAAAUGCCUACAGAGGGCACGCGCGAGCUCUGCUCAAAGACAUGGAAAAAAUUAGACCCACCUGCAUUAUGGAUAUUAUUUACUCAGGUGAAACAAUGACUGUCAAAGAAAAAGUAUCUCUACCAAUACAAAGAAUAUGCUCUAGAUGUAACUUUGUGUCUUCUCAAGAAGUUUGCAAAGCUUGCGUCCUGUUAGAAGGAUUAAACAAAGGCCUACCGAAACUUGGUAUAGGCAAAAGUUCUAAAGCUAAGAAAAUGUUACAAGACUACAAUGCAAAACAAAAUAAUAGCCUAGAGCAAGCUAUAAAUGAAAUAAAUGACGAAUCUAAGAAAAAUAAUUGCAUUUCCAAAGGAAAAAUAUGCAUGAGUAAGAAAACACAGUGUAAUGAAAAUAAAGAAUCAGAUUCAAAUACAGAUAGUGAAAACACAUGUAAGAGAGUACAGAGUAAUGAACGAAAUGGACUUACAAAUAAUGAAAAUGCAGAAUGUUGUGGUGAAAAUACAUGUAGUCGUAAUAGAGCGAAAGAACCACGUGGGGCGAAUUCAAAAGCCGAAAAACUUCUAGCGGAAUAUGGAAUACCAGAAUUUAGUAACAAAAAUAAUGCAACUGUUGAAACAAAUUCAAUACAAAACGAAAAUGCUGAUGAGAAGGAAAUUAGUGUGAAUAAUUUGAGCAAUGGAACAAAUUCAACACAAGAUUGUGAGAAUGAAGUUGAUAAUGUUGAAGAAUUUGAAGUAGAUUUUCAUGUAAAUAUUGAAAAUAUUGUAAAGGAAGAAGAUGAGACCUGUGCGGGUGCAUGUGGAAAGAUUGAUUCAUUGCAUAUAGGUUUCUGACCAUAGAUAUUGAUUACAUGAAUUUGAAAUUUUAAUAUAGUAUAAUGCGCGCAAAACUUCGGAGACAUGGUUGCUAACUAUAGGCCUCAUAUGAAAGCUAAGUCACUCAGCUCAGCAGAUGAUGAAGAGAGGUAUGCUUGGAGUUUCUCUACAUGAUCAAAUCAGGAAUGAGGAUCUGUAGGAGAACCACAGUAAUCGACAUAUCUAAACGGGUUGCAAAGCCGAAGUGGCAAUGGCCAGGCACACCUAGUUCGAAAAAAACGAUAAACGUUUGGUGUUCAAAGGUACUAGAACGUGGGAAAAUCCUCUAUUAGAAGGACCAAACCGAGAGCCGCUGGAUUCAGGCGGCGCAAGACCAUGGCCUGUGGAAGUACAAAAGACUAUGUCCAGCA